AUGCAAGGUUCAAAACGAACCUUGAUAACUUUGCUAAUAUCAAUAUCAUUAACUGCUUCACCAGAAUUAAUUUCUUUACAUAAUCAAGGAAAGAUAAUCUCUUCGACCAAUUCAAAAGAAAUCUUGGUAAGAGAAAUAGAAACGUUUGUUGUUGAAAUAAAUGGAAUAAGCUGCGAAGGAUGUGCUAAUAGAAUAAAAGCUCAAUUUGAUUCCAAACCCUUUGUCAUAGAUUCAAAAGUUUACUUUAAGAAUCAAUCAGCGAUAGUUAGCGUUAAAAGUGGAACUUAUAAUUCAAAUGAUAUUGAAACCUGGGUGAAAAUGGUGGAUUUCAAGUAUGGAGCAAAAGUUAUUCAACAAUAUAUCAAAACAGUUGAGGAGGAAUAA